AUGGGCGCGAAUGAUGAGCAACAAAACGAAUCGAUGGACAUCAAUCAUCAUACCCCCACCGUGGCCCUUGACGGAAAACUGUACCUAGCACCCCUAGAAAAGGAAAAGGUCAAGAAAGCCAUCGAUAUUGGCACCGGAACCGGAAUCUGGGCAAUCAAUUUUGCCGACGAGUUUCCGGACGCCGAGAUUAUUGGAACGGAUAUUUCGCCCAUCCAACCGGGUUGGGUGCCCCCAAACUUGAAGUUCGAAAUCGAAGACUGCACGCAGCCUUGGACGUUCGCGCCGGAUUCGUUUGACUACGUCCACUUGCGGUGGCUGGUUGGCAGUAUCCCUGAUUGGGAGGCGUUGUACAAGGAAGCCUUCCGAGCCUGUCGACCGGGUGGUUGGGUGGAAAGCUUCGAGCCCGAAUCGGAUGUAGUCAGUGACGAUGGCACGGUCACGGAACAUACAGCGCUAGGCCAAUGGGGCAAGUUCUUCGCCGAGGGCGAGAAGAAGACGGCGCGUCUCUUCACUGUCGUUAGGCGGGGCCUGCAGCGGAAAUACAUGGAAGAAGCGGGAUUCGUUGACAUCAAGGAGUUCGACUUUAAGCGGAAGCAGACCAUUCAGCCUUGGGGGGGCAACUUGCCCUGCUGCCACGGUCCUAAAGACGGCUGCGUGGCUCAUAACUCCGCGCGGACGCCGACGUUCUGGGACUCGUCGCUGCCAUCCAGCGUCAAACCUGUCACCGACUCCUUCCUCGAGACCAUCUUCGGCGACAGGAGCAAGAAUAAGCCAAGCCAGGGCCAAGGCCGGGCCCCAGAGCCAGAACCCGUCAUUUUGUCCGUCUUACCACGCGAAUCGGCAAACUUAGACAACCUCCCUCUCGUCCAUCCUUCGGUACCUUACACCAUCUCCUUCUACCACAUCCACGCUGCCAUGAGCGCCGUCGCCGACGGCGAGGACCCCUCGGCACUGCUCAACUUCCUUACCUGCCGCGGCACGAGCGGCUCCCGUCCCAAGAUCGCCUGGUCCGUCACACCGCUCGUGGCCAACGGGACCUUCCUCCUCGAGCACGCCUACGAAUUUCCCAUCAACCUGCAGCACGAAGCCGGCGACACGAGCUAUCACACCAAGAACUGGUUCGUGUCGAAGGGGUUCCGCAGCUUCGCGCCCUGCUCGCACUGCGUGUACGUUUUUCGCUCGAUACGAGAGACGCGCAAGGACCGCGGCGACCGCCACGUCUGCGUCGAGUUCAGCCUCCGUAACGUGCUGGGCCAGGAGUUCCGCGACGAGUGGAGCUGCGAGGCCGGCCGCCGCCAGCCGCAAAAAAUGUGCUGCGGCAUGUGCUACACCGAUUUCUGCCUGAGCUUCCAGCCGCAGUGGCGCGCCGUGCAGGUGCGCCUCUGGUCGCAUCGCGAUCUCGGUGCCGGCGUGGAUCCAAGCGAUCCCAAGUGGAUCGCCGCCAUGGGCGGCCAGGCCAUCCAGAGGGUCAAGAAAGACUUUGGGAGGAUUCGCUCAGCCUUCAGGUCGCCGGCUGAAUUGGGCCAGCAGGAGACACAGAACGAUAUGAAUUGGCAGAGUCCAGCGAUGUCAUCACAGCAGGGGUCGCAAAUGGGGUCAUAUGCGCUACAGGACGCCUCGAAUGCGCCCUCGCCUCCGCCAUACAGCCCGAAGGAUAUCUACUGA